UUGUGGGAGGUGCUUGAGGCCGCGGAGGUCGUUGGUGUCUGUUGAACGGCUUGUGGAAGUCGCGCUGCCUUGGGUAGGGGUUAAAAUCGUUCUCGAGAGGAACGUCUCUGUCCGAAGAGAACAUGAGUUUAGCUCUGAGAAAUGAGCUUGUAGUUGACAAAACAAAGAGGAAAAAAAGAAGAGAACUCUCUGAAGAACAGAAACAAGAAAUUAAAGAUGCUUUUGAACUUUUUGACACAGACAAAGAUGAAGCAAUAGAUUAUCAUGAAUUAAAGGUGGCAAUGAGAGCCUUGGGGUUUGAUGUAAAAAAAGCUGAUGUACUGAAGAUUCUUAAAGAUUAUGACAGAGAAGCCACAGGGAAAAUCACCUUUGAAGAUUUUAAUGAAGUUGUGACAGACUGGAUUUUGGAAAGAGAUCCACAUGAAGAAAUAUUGAAGGCAUUUAAACUAUUUGAUGAUGAUGAUUCAGGUAAAAUAAGCCUGAGGAAUUUGCGACGUGUUGCCAGAGAAUUGGGUGAAAACAUGAGUGAUGAAGAACUUCGGGCUAUGAUAGAAGAAUUUGAUAAAGAUGGUGAUGGAGAAAUAAAUCAAGAGGAAUUCAUUGCUAUUAUGACUGGUGACAUUUAAAGAAUUACAAGGAUAAACACUAAGAAUGUUGCAGUUAUCAUCUUAUAUUCUAUUUUUGUGCCUGAAGCUGUGUUUAAAAAAAGAAAACAACUUAGUUCUUUUUUCCAAAAGGACCAAAAAUAAGCAUCUUAUGUAUUCAUAUUUUACUACUGUUAAGUUUCUUUAUAUGAACAGUAUUGUUAGUACUCUAAUAGUUUAGCUUUGUAUUUAUAAUAUAGUUUUUAUAUAUAAAGUUUAAAAAAUUGAAUCGUGGUACACAUUUUUUGAAGGUUUUUUAUUUAGCAUUAGUAGUCACUUUUGUUUUGGUGCACAUGUUUUUCCGACUUAAUAAAAUGUUUAUUUUUUAGUAUUUUAAAAUUUGGUAAAUUUUCUGUUUAUUUUGAUUCCAAAUGUCUGCUAACCCUCAAGAGUAUCUUUCUUAAAUCUUUUCUCUUUACACGGUUGUUUUCAGAAACGAAAAUUGAAAUAUAAAUUGCAAUAGAAGAGCACAUUUUUCCAUUACAAGUUUGACAUUUGAUGUUUCAGUACAAAAUGACUCAGUAUAGGCAUAAUUCCUUUUUCAUGAGUCAUGUCUUUCAGUUUGGAGGGAAAAAGUAUUGUGCAUAUAGACUCAUUUAUCCUCAUGUGUUCAAUAUUAUGUUCUGUAACGCUUUUGGUAUCUUAAGUUAUGACAGUUAAAUCUGGAUAUUUCUUUCUUAAACUAAUUGAAUAUAGUUUGAAUCAUCUAACUUCUUGACAAAGUGAAAGAUUUAAAUUUUGGAAUUUUGAUCUGUUAAGAUAAUUAUCACUCAAUUAAACGUCACAGUGAUGAAAAUAGGAAACUAAGCCACAGAAAUCAUUUAAGGCUCUGUUUUAGCUGUAUAAAGGAACGUUCUGUGAUUCACCAGGAAACAGUGGAGACAGAUUUUCCAGAUAUUGGUGCGUUCUUCUUCCUUGUAGAAGUGUAUGUUAGGGGGAAACACAUGGUUAGGGAAGAUAGGUCAUAGUAAUAAUUUGAGGCACUUUAAAUGUUGUGAGCCUCCUAGAAUAUUACAGAAAGAGUUAUCCACUAGAAAUUUAACCAAAAAAUCAGUAGAGAAUAAUGUAACGGUGGUGAUAUUUCAGAUAGUUAUCUAGAAAGCAAGUUAAUUGUUCACCAUAUUAAAAUUCAGUUUUGAAUAUGAAAUCAGUGUUCACAGUAAUACCAAUAUCCAGGGCAACAAAUAGACUGUGAAAUUUAAAAAAUUGUAUCACGUUUACUGAUGAAUUUGCCUUCUAUAUCUCAAUCACAAAAUAUGUUGAUUUCCAGGAAAUUGAAGAAUAAAGAAAAUGAAGAAUAAAACACAAACGUAUCUAGGCUUGCUAGUCUUCUACCACUUUAUUGGAAUAAAUAACCUAAGGUACUUUUUGUCACUUACAGAGAUAAUUUCUUUAUUCUUAAUAUAAAUGGUUACUCCUUGGGAUGCCAGCAUUUUGUUUCUUCUUACUGUGGGUUGAGGGAAGAGUGCUCACUUCAGUUCUUUAUGUUUGUGAAAGCUUUCUCCUACAGAAGGAUAUGAAUUAUUUUCAAGUUUUUUCCAGUGUUAAUAACUGUAGAGUCAGAGGCUUAUAAAAUUGGCUAGUAGAGGCGGCAAUAAGAAGAAAGGAGUGAAUUUGCUUUAAACAAGAAGGAAGUGGAGGUGGGUAUUAGUCAUUUACCAUUAUAGUUAUAUUUAUUAUGCAAUGGCAUUUCAUGAUGUAAGAAAAUAACUUUCUUGCUAAACUUACCUACUGCAUCUGCUGUUCUGGUAUCCUGGUAAGCUUUGAUAGUUUGGGAUUUGUCAGCUAAGAUCUUGUCUUACAUAUAAACCAACAAAGCCUACUUUAAGUUAUGUACCUCUUAACAGCUCCUAGAUUAGAGUCUGGCGGUAGGUAGUUGGGAUGGGGAGGAAAUCAAAAACAUAUUUGUUAUGCACUUAAUAUGUGGUGUGGGUACUGCACUAGGCUUAUUUAAUCGUUUAUUGCAGGAAAUGCAUACAGCACUUCUAAUGGAAGACUUUCAAAUUGAGUUGAUGUGCCAGUGUUAAUGGUCUUGCAUUAGCAAACACCGUGAGGAGUUAGACGAUCCAAUUGAGUUGCUAAUUUCCUCAACUCCCUAAACCAUCUGUCUGAUGCUAAUCUCUGGAUGUAAAUUCUCUUGGGAAUUGCUAGUGAUGUGUUCUACACUAAAGAUAAUUUCUAAUGUUCUGAAGACCAAUGUGAAGAAGGCAAAAGAGUUUCAAAAAACCACUUAAAAUAUGAAGUUAAACAAAUUACAUAAGUAAUAUAUAAAGGUAAUAUAUAAAGUAAAAGUGAAAAUUCUUUUUUUUUUAACUGCCAGCUCCACUCCCAUUCCUCUGAAUAGUAUCAGUUUCAGUUAGACCUCAGACAUCAAGAGGAGCACAACUGGAUAUUUUAACAGAGUGUAAUAUAGGGAAUAGGUUAAAUUGGUGCUGGAGAACCAAAAAAAAAAAAAAAAAAAAAAAAAAUCAGGAAAGGAACACUGGGAUAGCUGAGGGUAAAAGUUGUAGUUACUGGAAACUAGAAGCUGGGAGGAGAGGUCCUAUGGAGCAGGGACUCGGAGAUGGUUGAGGAAGGGGGUACUGGUAGGUGGUGCUAAUGUUGAUGGGGAAUGAUGAGGCUGGUUUGGGGAAUCUCGAGAAAAAGCUGGAGGAUGGAACCAAGUGCUGCUCCUGGAACGAAGAACUGUUGCCCUGGGGAUGCUGACAGGAACUCCAGGCAAACUGGAAACAGCAAGAGUCUUUUCCCCUCCUGCCUUACUGUUUUAUUCUUCUAGGCCUCUUUUUAGUGGAGCUUAAAAAAAGUCAGCUGGCAAAGGGGAAAUGUAGUUUACACAGUCCUAACCCUACUGUUACACAUUUGAAUACAGAAUAGUGGUUUGGAGCUGUGGGGAAAAAAAGUGUAAUGACCAACACAAUUGACCGUAUAUUUUAUGAUCUAAACCGGGUUACUUGAGAGUGAAGGAGCUUAGGGGAGACUAUUAUUUAUCUUGGCACAACAGGUGUAAUUCAGAACUAGCCUGGGCAGACUAGGACGUAACUGUCACCUGAUCUCUGGGAUAGUAACCAUUGUUAUUUUAGAGAUUCUUUCAACCUGUUUCCUUUGUAUUUACAUGAAAUUAUAGAAGUAGUUUUUUCCACAUGAAUAUUCUAUCCAUUCUUCAGCUAAGUUUUAUAAAGGAAAUGUCUUUAAAAAUUUAGUAACUUAAGUGCUGCUGUGUUCCAGGCACACAUAGUUAUUUACAUACAUUAUAUAUUUUAAUCUCAGUAACCUGAGGUAGAUACUGUUGGGUUGUCUUUAUUUUACACACAAGAAAACCAAAGCUUAGGCUUAAGUAACUUGUUCAAGGUAGUAGGAAUAGGAAUUGGAAUUUGAUCCUAAGUCUUCUGACUCCAUGGCCCACUCAUAGCCACUAGAUUGUAUUAUCUCCUUACAGUGACUUUUAUAAACUAUCUCAAGGUGUAAAGGAUCAGACUUUUAAAACUACAAAACUAAGAGAUAGAAUCUGGAAUUCAGAGGCUCAGCAGCAAAAGCAUUAAACAUUUAUGCAUAAUCUAGCACGGCAUUUGUUGUAUUAUGUAUUAUUCCAUGUGAGUUAACAUUUGGUGCCAGUCCUCUGGAAGCUAAUAAGCUUAGAUAGACUGUUUCUAAAAUCAUGGAGUCAAUACAUUGAAGAAGUAGAUGUUUGGGAAAAAAAUAAUCAAUACAAUAUUAAGCAAAUGCUUAUUGAUAAAGUGCAUAUUAUUGAGUAGUCAUAAAAUAUUUUCAUUUUGAGAAAACAUUUUUCCACUUACCCUUUGUGGAGAAGAUUUUAUUUUAGGGGCUGUUUGAAUGAAGUAAGAACUCUUUAAAUUCUUGGUAGGAAAUGGAAGGAACCUUGGGCUUAGGAGUAUAUUUGGUAAAAGGAUGUGUGGGAAGAUCUUUGAGGCAUCUAGCUGGAGAGGAGGAAGGUUUAUGGACCUGAUAGUCUAAAGCAAAGCUCUUGUCGGUCUCAGUGGUCAGAGAAGAGGGUCAGUAAAGGUUAUUUUAAUGGUAGAAUGAUGACUUGUUUAGGAUUUGGGUUGCAAAGAGAAAUUCUUGGGAUGAAAUGUGGCAGUCAUCUGGAUGGCAGCUUAGUUGGGUCUUGGAGAUCUUGAUUAAACAGCCUAGCUUACCCAUUCAAUUGAAAUAGGUAAUUUGCCUACAUAUCCUGAUUCUGUGUUAAGUCAUAUGUCAUUCUACAUUUACAGCAUUCAUUGAAAACUUCAUCUAAGACUCUACAAAAGAUUGCCAAAUACAAUCUAAAACUAGUGAAAUCAAGUCUCUGUUUUUUCUGAGAUAAUAUAUUUACGUUAGAGUUACCUUUGUGAGUUGUACUGUAAAUAUUGAGUGUAAUUAUAAUAGUAUUAUCUAAUUGUCUACAAAAAUCCAAGUUGUCUUUUUCUUUAGAACUUGGGAAAGCUGUAUGUCUUGUGCUGUUCUGAGAAUAUGUAAAGUAUUUUUUCCUUGUAUGAUAAUUUUGGGAAGAUUACUGACAUUUUAUAGAAUCAAAGAUCAGCAGGGUUACUUCCAUUUUAUACUUAAUUAAAAAUAUUUUUAAAUGGGUUUUCUUUAUUCCAUAAUAAGAGAAAUCAGGGAUACUUAAUAGACUUCUGGAGUCCAAUAUUUAUAAUUUUAAUAUGAUUGUAACAUUUGUCCAACAUACCACUGUGUUCUCUGAAAAGAGCAAUUAUUUUCUCCGUGUGGCAUCAUCAUAGACUGUCUGCCCCCAAGGUCUUCCAAAAGGUCUGUGUAAGCCUGACAGCUAGGAAACGUGUACUGUUGUAGAACAUAAAUUCUGUUGACUCAUUGAUACAAGCCUACUCCUAAUGGAUGUCUCUUUAGAGUAAAUAGCAUUCAGCAUACAUCGGCUAAAUGCUAAAUGGUUAAAAUAUGUCCAAAUCAUAUUUCCUAUCAUGGAUGACCUCCUUAAAUUUAGCAGCAGAUUAAUGAUUUGUGUUUGGCUUACUGAGGAGCAGUCUUUCCUUAGAAAACAUGCAUUUUGCUUGUGUUGAAAAUUCAGGCAUUUAAAGUCCUUGCCAAGCUGGUAAACUUAACCAUACUUUAAGCAAAAUCUACAUUUUUCUUUUUCAUUUUCUAUUAAGAUAAACAUAUUCAAUUAAAUCUGGAAUAGUUGGCCAAAACUAAACUUUCCAGGAGACUUUUUCUAUACCAAUCCUGCUGAGAGAGGAUUAUUGCUAACCUAAGUCCUAAGAGUUGGUGUGAUGUUUUUCAGCAUUGGCAAUAAAAACAAAAUAACUCCCUCAUAGAAAGAAAAGCAGCAAGAUAUAGAUUCUAAAGAUUUUCUUUACGAAAGGAAACUGUGUUCAAAUCUAAUUGGCUAUUUUCACUGCUAUAGCAAAGAUUAAAAGAAAAAAAAAUAGCUAGGAAAGAUUUUUUAAAACUAGAAAAUGUAAUAUCUGUUGUAACUAACUUAUUUGGUUUUGGGAAAAAUUAAAUCAGAUUAUACUUGUGAAAAUGUUUUGUGAAUUGCAAAUUUUAUUAAAAUACAAAUUUUUAUAUAA